CGGGGAGCAAAGGUUGGUGCCUUCACACCCCGAGUUUCGCCCGAGGGGCCACGGCGUCAUGGCGGUGGGAUCCAGGCUCCGGAGCAAGGCUGCCCGCAGCCUCCCGCGCCGCGGGCCCCGGGGGCAGGGGGUCGAGGAGGCCGCGGCGAUCCUGGAGCACCUGGAGCUGGAAGACGAGGUGGCCGAGAGCGCAGCGAGCGCGGGGCGCCCGGGGGCCCGGAGCGCGCGGCGGGUGCACCUGGCCGUCCUCCCCGAGCCCUACGAGCCGCUGGAGGAGCCCGCUCCCGGCGACAAGCCCAAGAAGAAGUACCGGCGGAAGCUGAAGAAGUACGGCAAGAACGUGGGGAAGGUCAUCGUCAAAGGGUGCCGCUACAUGGUCCUCGGCCUGCAGGGCUUCGCCGCGGCCUACGCCGCCCCGUUCGGAGUGGCCAGCAGCGUGGUGUCAUUUGUCCGCUAGUGGCAGCUGCCCCCGGGGCAGAUGCCUCCUGAACGAUGGGAGCCGUGCAAAUCCAGAAGCAUUUCAGACUUGAAGCCACAAAACACUUGGAAGAACAAACUGUCUUUCUCUGUUGAAUCGGACAACUGUUGUGAAUGGGACAUCUCUCCCAUCUGCUGAGUGUUUUCACAUUUCCUGGACACGGGGCGCUGUGACGGACAAUCCCACAGAGGAUGAGGCUGAUGUUGCCUUUGGGGCCAUGGUCAAGUUUGCUCACGCUGAAGACUGUGUGAACGGGAAGGCAAACCCCACCAGGGGUGAGCACUCUGAGUGGGCAGCAGAGUGGUGAUCACGGUGGGGGGAAGAGGAAUUAUACCUGGAGAGAGAUGACUUCAGACCUUCUCCCGGAAAGGUCACAGGCUGACUGGUACUCACAGCCCUUCCCAGCCUCAGUUCUGAAGGUGCCCAAGGAGCAGUUUGCUUCUGAAGUCAUAUGCCCCCACCUCCUCCUCCACCCUUUGUUACCAGGAGUUUAAUUACAGGCUUGAGAAGAAGGAAGGAAGAAAACUCUCUUUGAAGGCUGACACUUUGAAGCUGUGUUGACAAUGUGUCGUGACUGUUUAAAGUAGAUAAAAGCUUGUCAUUGUCACCUUUGUCUGACAUGAAUGUGCGGUGGGAGUGAGGAGAGGAAGAAGGGCAAGUUCAAGUGCAGGCUGCUUGGUGAGAAAGGUUGGGUCGGGGUGGGCUCCUGAGGCUGAUGUGCCCGGUCCAGCCCAGUCUGGCCCAGACACAUGUUGGAGCCUCGGCUCAGCAUCCCUACACCAAGGCCACCGAAGGGUGCUUUGUGUUGGGUGCAAGGGAGGUACGACAUCUGGAAAUGAAAGUGUGUGAUUUACAGAACGGACCAGGAAGUAGGAGACAGGUGCAAAGGAAGUAGAAAUGGGACAAGAGGGCGGUUAGAGGAGAGAAGUGGAGGUACAGGACCCAGAUCUGGGUUCUGAGUGUUGGGAAUCUUCGGUGGGCUGGGACUUUAGCUCCAGGAGGGAGCCUGGGGCAGCUUGAUGGCCAGAGGUGCUGUGGGUGCUGGGUGGACACCGUCUGCAGCCCAUGAGCUCACAUUGUCUGCCUUUGUAGCAUCCUUUCCUCUUCUGUGCUGCCUGCCCUGACUGUGUCUCACCUGGAUUCAAAGGUCAGGCUGAGCUGGUCCUCACACUCCCCCAGGAUGAGCCAUCGACUACCUUUGGACUAUUGGACAGGAAGGUGGAAGAAAGAGGAAGCCCCUCAUCCCUCGCCCUCUGCCAAGCCCCAUGAUUGGCCACUGUUCUGACUUUGUUUCCAGAAUGUCCAAAAGCCCCCCCUAGUUAUCGUUGACCAGUCUGUGGGGUCAGUGGCAGCACCCACCUGUUAGCCUUAGAAGUGUCCAGGCCAUGCCAAGGAGGCCUCAAUACUCACGUUUCACAAAUCAAGCCCAACCAAGUGGCACUGGAGCGUGGAGAAGGUGGGAAGACAGACAGAUGGACAGAAAAAGGAAUGGGUGGAGGAGAAAGCUGUAGUGGUAGAGCUAGACUCAGCUUCCUGUCUCGGAGGCUCGUGGGGAGACAAAAUUUGGAUCCAGUUUCUGCAUCAUUAAUAUUUGUGAGGAAAAGAGAAAACAAAUGUUCUUGUUUUAGCUCGAAUGAUGAAAGUUGAUAAUGGGACAUUUUCACACAUGUGAGAUAAUUAUAGCUUGCCUGGCCACACUGGGAGUCGGGGGAAGGGAGAUGUAGGGGGAAGAAGAAGUGAAGUAUAGUUUAGUGGGAGUGCUGAGCCUGCUGCCCCUCCCCGGUACUGAGAUGCUGAGCUGCCCCAGAGAUGCCCACUGAGUUUCUGGGGGGAUGAAAACGUCAGCCCAGGAAGGGACAAGACCUACUGAGACCCGUGUGAGGAGACCUUCUCCACCCUGCCCCCCAUGUGGGAGACACCAUCAGGCCAAGUUCAUUUGGCUCUGAAUUUCUUGAAGCCUGGUUAAGAAUUAACCCAGAAAUUUCAAAAGUCGAAGCCAGACAGGAAUUGUCCUGGGAGCCAGAUUCAUGGGACAGACGAUGAACCCCAGACCGAGGCUCAGCCUGAGUGGUCACUGACUGCAGGAUGGGCCACCCGUGUUGCAGGUGACCUUGGAGGCUCUUCAAUUUCGUCUCAACAUCCAGGUGCACACCCUACUGAGCACUGAAAUUUAAAGGUUUUUUUCUUCUUUUUUCUGUGUGUGUGAUUUUGAGGCUUCUUUUGUAUCCCUUCCUUGCCCAAUGAGGUAAAUAAAACCACAAUUGGUUGAA